AUGUGGAAGAGGGCGGCCAGAGGGUGGUGGCGCGAGUUGUCGACGAAGGCGGCGAGGUCCGCCGGCUCCAACGCUACGACAGCCGCCGGCAUCUCCUCCGCGGUGGAUUCCAUCAUCCUCCGCUCGCUCAAGGAGCACUACCUCGAAGCCUCCAGGAUGACUCCUCCCCCCGUGAGGCUCCCACUCUGUCCACCUUCGGCCGCACCAUCACCUCUGCUUCCCCUUUGCCUGCUUUUCAUGUAUUUGUCUGUCUCUCUGCGCAGAAGGUGAAUCCGCCGGUGCCGUUUAAGAUAUUGUCGGGGGCGCUGGAGAAGCAGCAGGGGCCAGUGCUCCACCGGAAUUACCAGGACGAAGAGAUCACGGUGUCUGUCAUGCGGCUGGCCAACAUCCUGCCCUCCGGCGCUGGAGAGGACGACGAGGACGCUGAUGACGGAAUCAACCAGCUCUUCCUUCAUGUCGACGUGUCAAAACCGGGGCAAGAGGAGGCGCUCCACUUCCUUUGUGGACUGUAUCCGGAUGCCAUCGGCAUUCACUCCGUCUGCCUCCGGCCCAAGGUUAUUAGCCCCGGGUCCCUACGCAAGUACUCAGGCCGCGUCUUCCAGUAAGGCUUGAACUUUGUUUUUUUAAGUGAUAUUUUCUACCAGUGUAAUUUUGAUGGUGCCUAUGUACACUAAUAUGGCCUUUUUUCGCUAGAAGUUGAAGUAAUCAGUUUCUUAAGUUGUCUGAAAGUUGCAUCUCUGUCUCCAAGUUAUGUGACCAUUCUUUUUAAACCUAAACGCCAGGAUCAUUUUGUUUAAAAUAUGUUUCACAUCUGUCUCUCCUUUUGAAAAUCUAGGGAAGUAGGAAAAGCACGGCACGUUUAUGUCAUUUGGAAGUCAGCUGUGCCAUAUAUUCUAAUGGGUUAAUCAGCCCCAAGAGCACUUUCUUAUAUAUUAAAUUUCACCCGGCUGGCCAGGUACCCUUGUUUUGUCUGUACAGUCGUAGAAAGCUUCCUUCCCAUCCUGGUAUUUAAUCCCAAAACAGUGACUCCCAUCCGGCCAUUCCAUUGGAAAAGAAACCCAUUGAGUCUUCAUGUCUUGAGCUCUUGCAGCAAUGCUGUGGGAUAGAACCCAUUUUUAUGAACAGAUGUCAAGAACAAUAAAUCGUGAUUUUAAAUACGAGUUCAAGUCUUUUUUUUCACUUGCAGAGUGCUUAGGUAGUUUUACCUGUUAUUAGAUGCUCCAUGUAUGACUUCAUUUUCUCCACUUCCCUUUCAUUGACUACUUCGUAUGAUUAGAUGUUUAUUAAAAAAGAUGGGAAAGUAAUGUAGAUAAUUUAUUAGAUAUUCAUUCCAUCUGGAUUAUUGCGAGAUGGAUACUGAUAAGGAACACAUAGAUGAGAUAGGAUAAUGAAAGUUGGUUCUCCGUUUUGUGGAAUGGCCAAGGAGGGAGGUUUUUUUCAAAACUUCCUUUCUGUAUUCUGAGAGAACUCCGAAUCUUUGGUGAGGUUUGAAGUCAAUGAGCUUUCAAAUCUCUCAUCUUUUAACUUGUACAGUUAUCAAUGUCUUUUUGCACAAUUUCAUGGCGAUGGUAUUAUUCAAGAUAGUUUUUUUAAUUUAUACUCUGGGCAUCAUCUUAGCUUGAAGGGAAAAAUUCCAUUUUAGUAAGAAACCAUGUUAUCAAUCUGGAGUUAAAGUAAUCCGAUACUGCCAUGUUACUGGUAUCAUGUGCACAUUUAUUUUUUUAGCUAUUCUCCUUGAUAAGGAAUGGCAGCUCUCAUGUAUACAUGAAUCUGGUCAAUAUUUGAAUCGUUUUUCUGGGGUCCUUCGUGUUGAAUGGUUGAGACAUAAGGGGGUAGUGAACUGGGGGUUUAUAUUUGGACGAUAUAUAAGAGUAUCUUCUCGUGGUGAUUUGAGUAAGAUUUAGAAAAUUAAUGAAUUGUGUUUGAAUCAGGCAAUUUAGGUCGCUUUUAACCCAUGAUAUUAGACUUUGAUCGAGCAUUGACUGCAUCUUUGUAUUGAUCAAUGUGUCAUGGUCAAAGUGACUUUUUUGUAACUGCUAAAUGAAAAAUGAUAUAAGCCACAUCAAUGUCCGAUAGAUGGCCUGGUCCUUUUGAUCUUGGAGGGUUUGCAUUUAUUUAGAUGUAUGUCGCAUUUAUGUGAAAAUUUUAUCUUUUAUCUUUUGUGAAAGAUACUUGCUUUACGUGUAUAUUUUCGUGGCUACAAUCAUCUGCUCAGAUGAAAGAGUUGGAGCUUUAUCAUUUCAGUUUUUGCUGUGAGUUGUAUAGUUAGGAAUACACUUUGAAUGUAAAAAAUAUUAUUGAACACCUUCUGAUAUGUAUGAUAAGGCUUACAUUGUUUCAGAAUAUUCACCUUUUAUCAAAAUUGCAAUGGCGAUGAUCAUCAACCCUAAUGACAAUAAUGAUACAUCCACCCUUAUUUGUUACAAUACAUUACGAUAAUUGACAGCUACAGGACCAGAAGCUCUCCAUGGCAAGAGUGAUCAACCCCAGCAAUUUUCUCGCAGCCCUUGUGCCAGCCUUCAUACUAGUCUUUGUGAAGCUUGUCUUGAUUUCAAGAAAACUUGGCCAGUUUUGUCAUUUUCUAUGUUUGUUGAGGAAUAUUUAUACUGUUUUUUGAGUGGUUUCAAAAGAUAAUAGCAUCGUGAAUUUUUAAGUAGUGAAAGAUUUCGUUGAUGCUGUACAGAUUGUACAUUAAUGCGACAUAUCGGAAAGGAAAUAUUCAAGUUAAUGAAAGGACAGACCUGACUCCCGUACGAGAGGAAAUGACCCCCUUCGCCCUUCAUGGGGCUCCGGUCUAGUUCUCCUGUGCAGGGGUAGAAUGGGCCAUCUGUGGUAGGUCAGUGGCUUUCUUAGAUGUUUUCCUGCAUAUCAAGUACGUUAGGUCCACUAGGGUCCCAACAGAUGUCAAAAACUCAGACCAACCACAAACACAUCACAAGCAGCAACCAAUUACAGGGAAGAACACCCCACUCCUUAAUAGUCAAGAAGAAAGUCACAUGCGUAUUGGAGAAUGACCCAACGUGGGAAGAAGAGAAGACCCCGUUGCAUCCAUUCUGAGAGUAGGCUCUCAGAAUUGACUGGGAGAAGUGAGUCUGAUACCAAUUGUUUGGGAGAAGAGCCUUCAGAGGAAGAGUGCUCUACAUUCCGAGAUUGAGACAACAGCAGCCAAAAUGGCUUUUUUUGGUCUUCGCUGAUCAUAUGAAGAAGAAGCAAUUUUAUUGUAAACGGAGGAAGCUUCCAUUAUUUCCUUCUUUAUCUUUGUAGAUUUUUAGAAGAGUAACGAUAAGAAGACCACAUGGCCUCUUGAACUGUAGUUAUGUUCAAGGUACAGAUGUCCCUAGACCACAACACCUAUGAAGGCCAAUGGGGAAGCGAUGCUCAUCCUACCCUUCUUCAUUGGAAGGACACUUAUCCAAAGGAGCAGCACAAAAAAAUGGAGGAGACUGUGCUUCUCACUUAGAAAUAGAAAAAGACAAAUCUUUACCAAUAGUAAUGUGCUGAGAAGGAACUGAUUCAUAGAACCUUCCCUACUGGAUAGUGCUCCUUCAAAUCUACCAAAGUGGAUUAUGUUGCAAAACAAGGAUUGUAUCGUCCAAAACAACUGUAGUUGUGUUGAGAAAAUAAUGUGUAUAAAAUAUGUGAGUAUAUAAUAAUUCCAACAAACCUAUUGGUAGGUUUUUUUCAAUAAGUCUAUUCCCAAGCCCAAUGUAUUCCAGGUCUUAGGACCAAUAGCCAAAACCAAAUAACAUCGUAUUGGGGCCUUAUGCUCAUUUGUGAUAUUCUAUCAAGAGCUUAUAUGGCUCAUGUCUCCACAGAUCACGAUAUAAGAAAACUUUAUCUGACCCUUGUGCCCGGUGGUUGAAAGAGACAUUAAUCAGUUUUCUGUCAAAUGGCCAAGUCUAGUGCAACCAAGUUGAGCCUUGUGCCCAAUCUUGUGUGAGCUCUAUGUGCAAUGAUCUAACCCUCGACAAAUGGAUUCCAAAAGCCUAAUAAAGGCCUUUUGUGCAAUGCUAUUACCUAAUUUUCUACAGAAUGACUCCAGAGACCUUAUGGGAGCAUGAUGUUGAAUAGUAUGACCCAGUGCAAAUGGACGUCUGUAGGUCUUGCAGCGAGUGUCUUCCGUUUAUCCGCCUCUUUUGGGGACGACGACCUAUUGUCCACUAGUGGUCUAAGCUUAUUUAAGUAGGCUCCAAAGAUCUUUGGUAGUGUGUUUUUAAAACUGUCUAACAGAUUGUAAUUAAGCUUAAAGACCGAAUCCAGAUGUCUAAUUAAGCUCUAUGUACUUUUUGUGCUCAGUGGUUUGAUCCAACUCAAAUGGGCUUUGGCGCUUAAACCUGUUAAAUGGGCUUUGGCGCUUAAACCUGUUAAAUGGGCUUUAUCCUAACAAACUAUGUUUGAGUUUCAGUUUAACAAAAGAUGAUGUUUCCCAGGUGGUUUUAAAAUUUGUUGCAAUUCAAAUAACUUUACAAUUCCAUAUAACUGAGCAGGUGUAUAAUCUUUUCUUUGCCAUAAAAUUGGCCGUUGUGAUUGGCUGAUCUGGGACUCAUGGAGAACUUGAUGAUUGUGAGCACAUUAACUCAAUUUCGUAUUCACAAAGGACGUGGGUGUGGAAUCGGCCGUGGGUCUUCUUCUUCAUGGUGGUUUGUGACACAUACAGAGAAACAUGAUGUCAGAGCUCUCGAAAUCCAAGGGCAUUCCUUUUAAGAAUCUCUCGCUUUACCAGCGCCGGCAAAAAACAUUGCCUAUUACCCCUUUUUUUUCCUCAUCUCGUAAUUUCCUGGUCUUCAUGUGAUGGAUAUGUAUGAAAACUACUGUAUCGCUUACCUGUCAUUGAUAAGAAGCCCAGGAGAAGCUUCUAUCUUGAAUGGGUAAUAUGACAGUUUGAGCGGAUAAAUUGGAGGUUCGUGGUUUCACAUGUGAAAGAGGAAAAUGGCUAGUGUAUCAUGAUUAUGGCAUCAUUACGACAAUAUAUUCACAGCAAAAAUCCUAUUUCAUCAGCUAAUGAUUUAUAUUUUCCGCAAUGUUCUAUUUGUCCUCCCUUAUGGAGCCCUCAAAAUGCCAUCAGGCUCAUUUCAUUGUCUGUCGUCAUCAGGGAUCGAGAGUUUCAGAGGAAGAAGCUGACGGAUUCAACCAUCUUUCUUUCCUUUCAGAGAACUGGAUGAAAAGAUGAGGCAUGGAUUUCACGGCUUCAUAGAAGAACGGGGUGUGAAUGAGAGCCUGUUCCCGUUCCUCCAAGCUUGGCUCUAUGUGAAAGAUCAUCGGAACAUCAUGCAUUGGUUCAAGAGCGUGGGAAGCUUUGUCAGCCAGGCGAAGACAUGA